CCGCGGCUGGCUCCCGGGAGUGGGACGCAUGCGCCGUUUCUCUGCAUGGUGUGUGUGGUUCUAGCCGCGGCUGCAGGAGCUGUGGCGGUCUUCCUAAUCCUGCGACUAUGGGUAGUGCUUCAUUCCCGGGACGUUACGCCCCGGGAGUCUCUCAGUAUCUUGGUAGUGGCUGGGUCCGGUGGGCAUACCACGGAGAUUCUGAGGCUGCUUGGGAGCUUGUCCAAUGCCUACUCACCUAGACAUUAUGUCAUUGCUGACACUGAUGAAAUGAGUGCCAAUAAAAUAAAUUCUUUUGAACUAGAUCGAGCUGAUAGAGACCCUGGUAGCAUGUAUACCAAAUACUACAUUCACCGAAUUCCAAGAAGCCGUGAGGUUCAGCAGUCCUGGCCCUCCACGGUGUUGACCACCUUGCACUCCAUGUGGCUCUCCCUCCCUCUGAUUCACCAGGUGAAGCCAGAUUUGGUGUUGUGUAACGGGCCAGGAACAUGUGUUCCUAUCUGUGUAUCUGCCCUUCUCCUUGGGAUACUAGGAAUAAAGAAAGUGAUCAUUGUCUACGUUGAAAGCAUCUGCCGUGUAGAAACGUUAUCCCUGUCCGGAAAGAUUCUGUUUCAUCUCUCAGAUUACUUCAUUGUUCAGUGGCCAGCUCUGAAAGAAAAGUAUCCCAAAUCCGUGUACCUCGGGCGAAUUGUUUGACAAAUGGCAACUGACUUCUUUAGAAUUUUGCAGUUAACAGUAGUAUGUACUCAAAUUGGAGGGGAAAAAACCCCUACAUGUUUAUUGUAAGGUGUCUGACAGUCCUGAGAAUUAUUGAUGGUAAGGAAUAAAAAGUGUACAGAGGACUCUGAAGAAACAGGCUUCUCUUAUGAAACAAGCAUUGACAAGCAAUAACUACUAAAUGUUUAUGCCUAUGUAAACCAAAUUUCUUUUCCAGAAAAAAAUAUGUAUCACCACCUGAAAUUUU